AUGCAUGUUGAUGAUGCAGAAAGCGGAAAAAACAAAACAACAAAUUCCGAAAGUAAUGAUCAAGAUUCAAACAACAAAAGACGCAGAAGACCUUCUAUUAGAGUAAGUUGUGAAGUAGAUGUGAGAAUGAAGAUCAACAAUAAUAACAAGACUCAUAUUUUCCAAAAGAAAAUCAUAUAUGAUAUGUCAAAUGUGAACAUGGGACCAAGUGUUGCAUAUAAAUACAUGAAAGAGUCCGGAGGUGGUUUUGAGAAUACUGGAGCUGGAGCUACAGGAACAAAUAUAAAAAAUUUCAAAAGGGAUUGGAUUGAAUUUAUUGGAGAAAGAGAUUCAGAUUUUAUGAUAGACAAGUUGAAGAAGAAAAAUGAUUAUUUACAAGAUUUUUCAUUUGACUAUAGUAUUGGAAGUAACGCAGAAUUGACUGGAUUGGUUUGGGCGGAUGAAGAAGCAAAACGAUAUUAUUUUGCCUUUGGAGAUGUUCUUGGUUUUGAUGCAACUUACCGAACAAACAAGUAA